GAUAUACAUAUGAUCCCUCCCUAGUCCCCAAGACGCGCGCUCUCUUCCUCGUCGCUCUCGUCAUCUCGGCGCCACCACCAGUCCUCGUAGAAUACUGAUAGACCUACUGAGACUCACCAUAUCCUUCAUACGAGACUGAUACAUUCGAGGAGCAGCUGAGCCAUGGAUUUGGAUCAGCUCCAAUCCACUAUGCGAACUUUUGAGCUCGCUUGUACUUCAAUUCAGAAGGUGCAUGGUGAUCCAGCAGCUGAGGCAAUCAUUUCAUCCCUUAGCCAGUCUCCUCGGCCAUACCAGGCAUGCCAAUUCAUUCUUGAGAAUUCUCAGGUGGCAAUGGCACGGUUCCAGGCUGCUGGAGCACUUAGAGAUGCAGCAAUACGAGAAUGGGUAUUUCUCGAGGCUGAUGAUAAAAGACAGUUGAUAAGUUUUUGUCUUUGCUUUGUUUUAAAACAUGCCGGCUCAGCUGAAGGCUAUGUCCAAGCAAAAGUUGCUUCAGUGGCUGCUCAAUUGAUGAAAAGAGGAUGGCUGGAAUUUGUAGCUGCUGAUAAGGAGGCAUUUUUCCUUGAGGUGAGACAGGCAAUCAUUGGCAGCCAUGGUCUUGAUGCGCAGUUCGCUGGAAUUAAUUUUUUGGAAUCUCUGGUUUCUGAAUUUUCACUCUCUACUUCAACUGCUAUGGGUCUUCCAAGAGAGUAUCAUGAACAGUGCAAGAAAUCAUUGGAGCUGGAAUAUAUGAUGACAUUCUACUGCUGGGCACAAGAUGCUGCUAUAGCUGUCUCAGGAGGAAUAGUUGAAUCUCAUUCUGCUGUUCCGGGAGUUAAAGUUUGCACAGCAGCUCUCCGUUUCAUUCAUCAAAUUUUGAAUUGGGAUUUCCAAAACAAUUCCAUGAUGCCUAAUGGUGCAAAGCAAGUCAUGGAUCUUCCUUCUGCAGCUAAGCAUGACAUAGAUACACCUAGAAUGACAGAGUGUAAUUUGGUGCAACCUGGACCCUCCUGGAGGGCUGUGCUGAUAUCAAGUGGUCAUGUUGGCUGGCUUUUAGGCCUGUAUGGUUCUCUUAGGCAGAAGUUUUCUUGUGAAGGUUACUGGCUUGAUUGCCCUCUUGCUGUCAGUGCUCGUAAACUUAUAGUGCAGUUCUGCUCCUUGUCAGGAUCCAUAUUUCCAUCUGAUGAUGGACAAACCCAAAGACAGCACCUUCUUCAACUGCUCUGUGGAAUUAUUCAAUGGGUUGACCCUCCUGGUGUUGUUUCAAAAGAGAUUAAAGAAGGGAAAAGUGAAAGUGAACUGCUUGAUGGCUGCCGGGCACUUUUAUCCAUAGCAACUGUUACCUCCCCGAUAGUAUUUGACCAACUGUUGAAAUCUAUAAGGCCUUACGGCACUCUCAGUCUAUUGUCUGCCCUAAUGUGUGAAGCCAUCAAGGAUCUAAUGGAAAAUUUCACAGAAGAGGAGACGUGGAGCUGGGUGGCACGUGAUAUCUUACUAGAUUCCUGGACUACACUUCUCAUGCCAUUGCAUAGUACAAAUUGCAAGGAGUUGCUCCCACCAGAAGGGAUUAGUGCUGCAGCCAAUCUUUUUACGCUGAUAGUAGAAUCUGAAUUACAGGCUGCUUCUGCGUCAGCCUUCAGUGAUGAUAAUGAAUCUAGUUACUUUCAGGCCUCUAUUGCUGCCAUGGACGAACGAUUAAGCACUUAUGCCCUUAUUGCUCGUGCUGCUAUUGAUAUUACCGUUCCUUUUCUGACUAGACUGUUCUCUGAGCGUUUUGCAAGGCUUCAUCAGGGAAGAGGCACUCAUGAUCCAACUCAAACUCUGGAAGAGCUUUACUCACUAUUAUUGAUAACUGGGCAUGUUUUAGCUGAUGAAGGGGAGGGUGAGACACCCUUGGUGCCAAAAACUAUACAAACCCAGUUUAGCCACAUUAUGGAAACUGAAAAGCAUCCAGUUGUCAUACUCUCUGGAUCUAUAAUAAAAUUUGCUGAGCAGAGUUUAGAUCCAGAGUUGAGAGCAUCGUUUUUUAGCCCUAGACUUAUGGAGGCAGUUAUAUGGUUCCUCAGAAGAUGGUCUUCAACUUAUUUGAUGCCACCUGAGGAAUAUAAAGAAAGUAAAAGUUCAGAUAGUUUUACUGAAGGCCAGUUUAAGGAAGAACACUCUAGGAAAGCAUUGCUUAAUUUUUGUGGAGAGCACGGUCAGGGCAAGGUUGUGCUUGAUAUUAUUGUUCGCAUCUCGAUCACCUCACUUGUUUCAUAUCCUGGUGAAAAAGAUUUACAGGCACUCACUUGCUUUGAAUUGCUCCAUGGACUUGUUCGACGUAGGAGUGUUUGUACACACCUUAUGGCAUUGGACUCUUGGCGUGAGUUGGCAAAUGCAUUUGCUAAUGAAAGAACUCUUUUCUCACUAUAUGCUUCUUAUCAGCGUUCACUUGCUCAGACACUUGUUCUUUCAGCUACUGGUAUGAGAGAUUCAGAGAUGUCAUAUCAGUAUGUGAAAUACUUAACAAGCCACAUGACGGCUUACCUUGUGGAACUGUCAGGCAGGAAUGAUUUAAAAAAAGUUGCUGAACAGCCAGACAUCAUCUUACUGGUCAGCUGUUUGCUGGAGCGGCUUCGUGGAGUUGCCAUUGCCACAGAACCUCGAACACAAAAGGCAAUUUAUGAGAUAGGAUUCUCAGUAAUGAAUCCUGUACUAACACUUCUAGAAGUUUACAAAAAUGAGUCUGCAGUUGUAUAUCUGUUACUUAGGUUUGUUGUUGAUUGGGUGGAUGGACAAAUCAUUUACCUAGAAGCUCAUGAAACUGCAGUGGCUGUUGGCUUCUGUAUGAGUUUGCUUCAGCUUUAUUCGUCUCACAAUAUUGGGAAGAUAUCUCUGAGCAUUUCGAAGACCUUGCGGUCUGAGGAAGAUACUGAGAGGUACAAGGAUAUACGAGUUUUGCUCCAAUUACUUGCAAGCCUCUGUUCAAAAGAUCUGAUUGACUUCUCAUCAGAGCCCAUCGAAGCUCAUGGUACAAACAUUUCCCAGGUGGUAUAUAUGGGUCUUCAUAUAGUUACCCCACUAAUAAGUUUGGAUCUACUAAAAUACCCCAAACUUUGUCAUGAUUACUUCUCACUGCUUUCACAUAUGCUGGAAGUUUAUCCUGAAAUGGUUGCACAAUUAAAUAAUGAAGCUUUUAUUCAUAUAAUUAGAACCCUGGAUUUCGGUUUACGCCAUCAGGAUGCAGAAGUUGUUGAUUUGUGUCUACGAGCAGUAAAAGCUCUUGCUUCUUAUCACUACAAGGAGAGAGGUGCUGGUAAAAUUGGGUUAGGUUCCCGUGCUACAGCUUCCACAGACCCUGCUGGAAACCUUCAAGAAGGGGUUCUUAGCAAGUUCCUUCGUUCACUAUUGCAAUUUCUCCUCUUUGAGGAUUACAGCAAUGAUAUUGUCAGCUCAGCUGCAGAUGCUCUUCUUCCAUUAAUCCUUUGUGAACAAACUCUUUACCAGAGAUUAGGCGGAGAAUUGAUAGAGAGGCAGGCGAACCCAGCAUUCAAAUCAAGGUUGACAAAUGCAUUCCAGUCACUCACAAGCUCAAACAAUCUCUCUUCCACGCUUGAUCGUUCGAAUUACCAAAAGUUCCGGAAAAAUCUGCGUACCUUUCUUAUUGAAGUUCGUGGAUUUCUUAGGACAAUAUGAUUGUUGGUCGUGCUCGAGCAAAUAACAUAUUGGGUUAAUGGCAUGUGAGAUAAUAUUUAUGGGUGUUAUUUUGGGCUUGGAGCAAUGGUUUUACAGUGUAAAGUAGAGGAGCAGAUAAUUAUGGUGAUUGAUUGCCCCCUUGAAGCAAAGGGGUAAUCACUAGUUCAGCAAUCACCUUCUCUAUGGUAUGAAAUUUUGACCCCUUUUGCAUUUACCUCUUUUUGGCAAUUGAUAUUGUUGUCUCAACGAUGGAUAAUAAGCACAAGUAUCUAAAUUGAACGUAGCACGGAUUUCUUGAAUGGGGGAUAUUUUGAUC